CUCGAGCUCUUUGUGUGUAGAGGACUCAGCAGGAAAGAGAUUUGGCAAUUACUUCAGCUUGCCGGCAAGGCGAGCUCAGUUCCUCUGAUCUGUACACUGGACUGUCUCACUCUGAGCACUGACUUUCUGAGCACACGCAAAGAGAGCGUGUGUCUAUGGGUUGUGUCUGGACGCGCUUCAAGCGCCAACAUCGACUCAGGAUUUCUCACCAUGAUGAUGAGAGCAGACGUCAGACUGGCCCAUGAAUAUUGAUGUGGAGGAAGUCUGUUUCAUAGACGAACAGAAGGAAGCAAGAUGGCUGCCCUUUAGGAUUUUUUUUAAGAGGAGAUCUAGACGGUUUGGUGGAAUUCAACAAAGUGGAGGGACUUAAAACAAGGACGCAGAGAGGGCAGCCUAGUGAAUGGACCCAGAACAGAACAGAUGGAAACAGACAAGACCAGCCAUGAGACGGAAAAAAGUCUGACACGCACACAAAUCAGUACCACUCCGCAGACAGACACUCAGAUCGCCAAAAGGCAGAAUGGAGAUCAGUCACCUGAUAUCUUAUCCCAGCAGUUCAAUGGGGACACCAACUGGAGCCAUUUUAAACCGAGCACAGAGGUCUUCACAAUGAAAAGGCAAUGGGAGAUUGGCAGCAGACCUGCUAACAUGCAAGGGAUGUUUGAUCAAAGCAUGUAUGAGAUGAAUGGAGAUACAAAGCAUGCUCUUGGUCAGCAACCAAAACAACUUGGCACUGAUCUGGAGAUAAAUGGAGAUGAAGACCUGGGAUUCCCCAUGCACAAGCCAGGGCAUUGUGAGUUAAAUCACAGCAAGAGAAACUGUAACUUUCCCAAUGGGGAUAUCUUCUCACUGUCUAGGAACAAACAGGUUCCGAUGUCUAAUGGUGCUACAAAAAACCCAGCAUCAGUAAAGGGUACAACUGGUGACCUCUUAGAGAAAACGUUGUCUCAGUAUUACCCAGAGCAUGUGUCCAUUGCACAUCAAACCAACUCAUCUCAAGUACAUCAGGUCACCAGCAACCCGAAUGAACAGGCAACUCCUUUACCUUCAUUUACCUCAGGUAUUCCUAACUCACCCCAAACGUCUGCCUCCAAGCCGCUUGCCAAGGUACUCCCAGAGGUGCACUACAACCAGGACUGUACUCAGAAUGGAUACCAUGUCAGUUUUACAGCUGACCAAAGCCAAAGGACGGCUACCUAUCCUGUGUCUGAUCUCCCAGAGAUAGGAAAACAUUCUGUGUGUCAGGCAGGUGUGGAGUCCAAUCUAAAAUCACAGACGGGCAUCAAUGGUUGUUCACCCAUCCAGAACGGCGAAGAAGGCCUUCAAAAUGACAUAGAGUUUUUAACAAAGUUCAAACAGGAUUUGAGCCAGGAAUCUUUGCCCAGACUAAUGUCAGGAUCACCCUUAGCAACUGAAAGGGAUGGUACAUUUACUUCAUUGAACAGCCCCCAGGCACAAUGCACUCAAACUGGUCAGCAGAACCUACAGUUUAAAAUGCCACUGACUGAUGGAAACUUCCAGGAAAAAAGAGACUUGUCUUUGCUAAAGCAACAGACUUGUGAGCCUCAAACAGAAGACAGAGGGUUACUAUCCCAGGCCUGCACAGCAGUUCCUCAGAGUCAAAGCAAUGAGCAACAUGAUAAGCCUCCAACAGGUCAGGUUAAGACAAUAUUACAGAGUACAAAUCAAUCCACCCAGAUGGACUGGAUUGAUUUAAACUCAGCUCCAGGACCACGGCCAUCUAAUGAACACUCUCAUACAUGGGAUUUUUGCCCUUCACAAGGGGUCCAAAUGCAGCAAAACCAACAGAGCCAAAGCCAAGUAAUCAAUCCGGUGCCCUCAAUUAACUUCCCAUCACAAAAUUUCAGCAAGCCCACUUUUGGCACAAAUGAAAGUCUGAUUCAAGAUUGUUACAAAAAAUCCCAACUGCCUACACAAUUGCCCCACAGUUCUGUCCUUGAAUGUCAACAAAGAAAUUCUAAUGUGCAUGGCCACUUUAACACACAAUUUAACAAACCUCAGCAAUUAUGCAAGAAUGACUUGGACCAGUCUUCUGGUUCACCACCUUUUAAGCCUCAACAGCAGCCCACCAACACAUUUCCCUAUCAGCUGCCUCAGGAUGGACAAGGUUUACAAGUAGAUCCACAAUCACAAGGUGUUUCACAGAGUCAGACAGAUGAACCCAUCUUGAAAAGACCUAAAAUGGAAGGAUGCCCUGACUCAGAAUCACAGAUGUUACCCCUAGCUAAUAACAACUUUACGUUUUCAGACCCUUCUAGGUCAAAUGUGCAUCUUCCAUCUAACGGAGUUCAAGCUAUGCUAGGUGAUGCAACACAGAUCCAACAAAACCUCCAGAACCCUCAGUGCUCACAGAGCACCAGUAAACAACAUCAAAACUACCAGCAACCUCUCCAACACAGGACAUACAAUGAUCUGGAAUAUUUCCAGUCUCGCCAUCCACACUCUCAAGUGUCAGAAGUUUUGAAUGCUCCACAGACACCUUCUCAAACAAAAAUCAAAGCUGAAGUUCAAGAGCCCUGUGCCCAAAUCCAGAAAGGGUCUCUGUCGAGCCAAGGUGUUCAAGCAGAUAUGCAGAAGCAUGCAGCACUACGAAUGCACCUUUUGCAGAAGCAGGGGAGGCAAAGCUCUGAUCACAUCAGGCCAGAUAUGCUGGCCUUGAAAAGUGAAAAUUCAAUUAUAGUAAAGCAGGAGGGUAAUUCUUCAGAAUGUGCACAAAGCCAGCAGAGGAGCAUUCUAGAUACAAUGGAACAGCAAUUAAAACAGUAUCAGCUCUCAUCUGUGUUUGAAAGAAAAUCUUUGGUCAUCAAGUCACCCAAUAAAGUGAAAGUGGAAAUGGCUGGAGGGGUGACGGUGCUCUCAACCAUUACUGAGGGGAACAUCAAGGAGCAGUGCAAACCAAAUAACUUUACCCCACCUAAAAAGAAUCAAAAUGGUUUACAAUACUUUCUGGAGUCACCCAUGAAGUUGCUUGGUACACCAGUAAAAAACCUCCUCGAUACACCUUUGAAGACACAGUAUGAUAUUCCUUCAUGUCAUUGUGUUGAUCAAAUUUGUGAAAGGGAUGAAGGUCCUUAUUAUACACACUUAGGAGCAGCAUCAACUGUUGCAGGCAUUCGUGAAAUUAUGGAGAAAAGGGCUGGACUGACUGGAAGUGCCAUUAGGAUUGAGAAGGUUGUGUAGACAGGCAAAGAAGGGAAAAGCUCGCAGGGCUGCCCCAUCGCCAAAUGGGUGAUUCGGAGGGCAAGUGUGGAUGAAAAAAUCUUGGUAUUGGUGCGAGAGCGGGCUGGUCACUCUUGUGAGACAUCCUGUAUAGUGGUGGUUAUCAUGAUUUGGGAAGGGUUAUCAACCAACCUGGCCGACUCUCUUUACUCAGAACUCAGUGAUACUUUAACAAAACAUGGUGCUUUAACCAACCGCAGAUGUGCUCUCAAUGAGGAGAGAACAUGUGCAUGUCAGGGUUUUGAAACUGAUGCCUGUGGAGCCUCUUUCUCAUUUGGUUGCUCUUGGAGCAUGUACUAUAAUGGUUGCAAAUUUGCUAGGAGUAAAGUCCCUCGAAAGUUCAAACUGCUUGGGGAUGAUCCCAAAGAAGAAGAGAAACUGGAGCAAAAUCUCCAGGGUCUUGCAACUUUCGUGGCCCCAGUGUAUAAAAAAAUGGCUCCUGAUGCUUACACCAAUCAGGUGGAGCAUGAACAUAGAGGUCCUGAUUGCCGUCUGGGGCAAAAAGAAGGACGCCCAUUUUCUGGAGUGACAGCCUGUCUAGAUUUCUGUGCCCAUGCCCACAGAGACUUACACAACAUGCAGGGGGGCAGUACUGUGGUCUGCACGCUUACACGAGAGGAUAAUCGUGAGAUCGGAAAAAUUCCAGAGGAUGAGCAGCUGCACGUACUUCCCUUAUACAAGGCCUCAUCCACUGAUGAGUUUGGGAGUGCUGAAGCUCAGCUUGAAAAGACCAAAACUGGAGCUAUUCAAGUACUCAGUGCCUUUCGCAGACAGGUGCGUAUGCUGUCGGAGCCUGCCAAGUCUUGCCGGCAGAAGAAGCUGGAAGCCAGGAGAGCUAACAAGUCGACCAACCCCAACACACCAAACUCCAAAAUGGACAACACCCAGCAAACUAGGCAGAAACAAAGUGUUACUGAGAACCUGGGCCAGAACCAACCUUCAGGUCCAAGCAACAUGAAAACGGAUCCUGGCCAUCCCCAAAGUGCACACAUGACCCAUCAGCAGCAGCACCAGCAGAUUCCGCACCCAAAUCCUGGAUCGUCUUACACUGGUCCACCAUACCCUAGAUUCUCAAAUGCACAAGUAAACUUACCAAACACUUCCAAACUAGUAAACCUGCAUCCUCAAACACUUUCCCCUACCAGUCCUUAUCUUCCACCAGUGAAUGUGCCCAACUCUUACAUGAAUGCAUCCACCCCAUAUUCAAGGUCACUUACACCCAACCCCAUCUACCCUGGUUACCAACAUAAUGGGGGAAUGCCCAUGGACAACUACCACCCUUAUUACUCUCCAAAUAUAAAACAUAGUAUGAAUAUGUAUCAGGCUCAAAUGAAUUUACCUUACUUGGAUCAGCAGUACAAUGCACAUCAAGAUUAUGGGGUCAACUACCCACCUCACUACGGACAGCCUAGAAUGCCAGUCAAUGGUUAUGGCACCUGUAAUGUGAGACCUGGCAUGCACUCUAUGGGACAUUAUCAGGGUUAUAGCCCCAAUUUGCCACCUGAGGCCUUCCCAAGGCCUCCCUCAACCCAUCCACAUUUGGACUAUGCCGCUGCCAGCAAAAGCAACCAGUUUGAAGCCUAUCCGAAACCCAACAUGUCACAGAAUCAUCAAAUGUUUCCUUCAAACCUAGACACGUUAAGGAUGCAAAAUAAUAAGUUAAACAUGCAUGGAGCAAAUGGUUCCUCCCAAGUGUUUCCUCCUUUCGGCAACGAAUGCGUCAACCCAAACCAACCUCCAGACAUGAAGAUUUCGAAUGAAAAUAUCCUUAACCCUCAAAUCAAACAAGAACCACAGUCCCAGACUCUGGAACAAAAAGAGGAGGAUGUGUGGUCCGACAGUGAGCAUAAUUUCCUUGACCCUGAAAUCGGGGGGGUGGCAUUGGCGCCUAGUCAUGGUUCCAUCAUUAUUGAGUGUGCGAAGCGUGAGCUCCAUGCAACUACACCCGUCAGGAAACCUGAUCGCAACCAUCCCACCCGCAUCUCUCUGGUCUUCUACCAGCAUAAGAAUUUGAAUGAAGCGAAACACGGACUGGCUAUGUGGGAAGCAAAGAUGGCAGAGAAGGCCCGGGAGAAGGAGGAAGAUGCUGAGAAACAUGGUGCUGAAAACACAUCCAUCAAGAGCAGUGGAAAGAAGGCGAAACGAGAACAUACAGAACCUUCUGAACCUUCGGAGCCUCCAUAUAAGAAAUUUGUUCUCAAGCUUUACGAAAGGUCAAUGUCCUGCACAACCAACUCAUAUGUGAAUACAUCUCCCUAUGCCUUUACCAAGGUUACUGGACCUUACAAUCAUUUUCAGUAAAACCUCUUUAGGUUUUAAAACCUAACUUAAGAGAACAGAUGGCAUCAAACAAGUUAAAUGGUGCUAAUAAAUAGUGUCGCAGACCUCAGUGCUAUUGGCUAGUUGACCCAGAGUGCUUUUUCAGUUUGUGCAAGGAAUGUGACAUAAGAUUUAAUAUCACACUAUAUGGAAAGGCAGAGCAGAUGGAGAUCAUUGAUAACAUUGACAAAUUAGGGUUGUCCAGCUCUUAGAAGGUCAGGCUUUAUUGUUGACCAAUCAGAAGUAUUUAUUUAUUAUUUGAUUACUCUCAUUUGAUUACACACUGUUCUUCUUCCAUGGUGCUUAUAGUCCAUCAAAUCUGGACAAUUUACUGGAAACAAAGAUAGGUUUUUGGGGCUAAUCUUUUUUUUCAUGGUGCUAGGGAGUGUUUAAAAAUGCCUUUUCAAAGACAGGAACUCAUUGUAUAUUUUAACUAAAAGUCAGUGAUUGAAGACUUUGUUUAAAAUGAGCAAUUAAAAAAACUUAAUAGCCAAAUCAACAAAAGGUGUAUCCCAAAUCGCCUACUUAUGCACUAUUCUACGCAAUUUUAGAGUAUAAAUAGUGUGAGUAGUGUGUUUUAUCACAAUUUCAAAAAUAAAUAAGUGCACUUUAUGUACCCAGAUGAUGCACUCAAGUUGAAAGCAGCACUCGUACAAAUAAAAGUGCUUAAUAGGUUCUUCACAGCAAUGUCAUAGAAGCAUUUUUGGUUCCGAAAGGAUCAUUUAGUCAAAGGUUCUUUAAAGAAUCUCAUUCUUAUCUUUCAUAAUCUAAAGAACCUUUUCCAUUAAAAAGAACCUUUUGUGAAACAGAAAGGUUAUUUGAAUGUUAAAUGUUCUUUAUGGAGUUAUUAGAGUUAUUAUAUGGCAUCGAAGAACCUUUUGCAGAACCUUGUUUUUAUUUUACUUCACUCAACGGUUGCAGUUUUUUUAUCAUGUAGCGGAAGAGACGCGGGACUGUGAGAUAUUCGCUGUGCGAUAAAAACUCACCUGCAGGGACUUUUGAGCUUUAGUCUGAUACUGACUAAGGUCAUGAUAGACAAAACAAGUAAGAAUUACAUCACAAGUACAAUGUACAAAUUGAUUUUUAUUAACGCCCCUCGUGUAAUGUGUUUGACAUCAUUAGCAUUCGGGAAACGGUUCUAUUUCUGGUUAGUAAAAAGCCAUUUGAAAUGAUACUACACUUCUAAAAUUCAUAUACUAGAUGCUAGAGUACACAGUGCAUACUGUAUAGCAGGCAAUUUGGGAUGCAACUUUCCUUAAUUAGUGUUUUAGAAGCACUUUCACAGUGAGGGAAAUUACUUUCUGCCCUCCAAUCUGGAAGACAAUUUUAUAUUGACUUGACAAAGCCAAUAUACUCUCAUUUAGCUUUCUGUUAUCCUAUUUAAAACUUUUUUGAAUGUCUGCAAAUAACUGCUCAUAGCGUUUCCAAGCUACCUACAACAAACUUGGCACAUACCUUCAGGUUCCGACUUGGGUUGCUAUAUAUUUUCAGACUUGACAUAUGCUUUUUCUAUUUAAAUGCAUUUAAAUGUGCCAAAAAUCCCAGCAAUUUCCACAGACAAUUGGUGACUGUAAAAAAUCCUUGAGCUUUCAUGCUACAUCCACUAAACCCAGCACAGACCUUUCACUUCUCAUGGUUAUUUUUUGUUUUGUUUUCUAUAAUUUUUUACUUCCUUUUUUAUUUCUUUUUGUAAAUAUGUCUGUCUGAUGGUCAUUUUUCAGGAGGGCCUGUAAAACUUAUAAACCUCAAGCUUUUAAAGCUAUUGUAAAUUGUUCAGACAAGGCUUUGUCAAGCUCAGUUAAUGGAGGGCACUCCAUCAUUGGGUGAGACUCGAUCAUGCACGCUGCAUUCAAUUUAGUUUUUAAAUAUAGUUUUUAAAUACAACUGAUAAGAUUUUUACAGAAUUUUUCUGGUGCUUUUACAAUUGUAACAAAUUCUUUUUACUUUACUUUUUUUGUAUAUUGAGCCAUUUCAGAUACGUUUUGUAACAGUAAUGUUUUUACAAAGAAAUCACAGGAAGAGAUACAUUUCGCAAUACUGAAUACAGAUUCUUAGCUUAGUUUAACUGAUACUGAGUCUAUGGAAAACAAUGGUCAAUAUUUAUGUUCUCAACGCAUUUAUCAAGGAACACAUAACAGGGUUACAUAUAGAUCAGUGACACUGAUUUUAGGGCAGCUGGCUCGGCUUGCUGUGGGUGAUUUUAUAUAAUGCUACUUUAGCUGUAUAAAAAUGUGUACAGUAAAUUAAUACUUUUCUAAUGUAUGCUUAGAUUUUAGUUUAGUAAGGAAGAGUACUAUUUCUUUGGGUUUGAACAGAUCUUAUUUCAAAUGGUGCUACUUGACCUACUAUACGGUAAAUAUAAUGUGAGAAUCUCUAAAGGGUGGCAAGAAGGCUUUUGAAUGAUGUAGAGAAUCUACUUUUCAUAUACCUCAGAACUAGUUUGGCAAUAGAAUUCUAAUACCAUUGUGUUUAGUUUAUUAUAUUAGCAAAUACUUUGUAGCAAAUAUAACCUUAAGGCCAUCAUUGAUGCAAAGUUCAGUUUUUACUUUCUCCACACUUGAUCUACUAGAAAGUAUUAAUUGAACUUCGAGUUUCAAUGGAAUUGCUCAAUCAGGGAUACACCAGCUUAUUGCUGUGCGUAAACAUCACUUGUGUAUGUGCUAUCCUCUCUAAUUCAGGUAUUCUCCUUUGCAUCUGAAAAUCCUUAUGAAUUACUUGUAUAUAUCACACACAUCUAACUUUGUUAAAAAAAUUAAAAUGACAUGCAUUUUCAUACCGUGUUAAAGUGGAACGCUCACAAAUUCUUGCCAGGACAAAUCCAAGUUCAUUAAAGGAAAAAGGCAAGGAAAAGGCAUUGAAAUGUAUAAAGUAAUGCAUGUGCUCCUCACUUAAAGACCACGUCAGUCAUUAUAUGCACAUUUAGUUGCAUAUAUAUAAUGUUUAACAGCUUUUAAACAUAUACAAAUGCCUCCCAUAUCCACAUUUAUUGAAGCUAAUUAUAUUUAUUAAGUCCAUGGUAAUAAAAUUCAUUCCACAAUAACAUUUAUAUAAAUAAAAUCUCUUCAUUUGUUUAAAAUAAAAACAAUAAUUACAUACUACAAAAAUCUAUGUAAAUUUAAAAUAGGCGGACUAUUGUAAUGUAUAUGAAAUAAAUUGCCACGUUGUACAAACCAUAUGCUUGCAUUGCUUUAGUCUAAGUCCAUUCUUUAUUCUAUGUCCAGCUUUUUAAUGUUAAAUAGUCAAUUUCGUGUUACACGUACUGUCUCCCAACACAUCUAUUAGAAAUCGCGAAAUGUAGCCUGUAACAAACUCUCUUGUUCGUAUGCAGGUUUCUAGAGUUUUUUGCCUACAACAGCUAUGUUUACAAGAAAUUACUCUGAUGUACUCACUAGUUAUGGGAGAACCUUCCAUUCAGUAGUUUAGUUGUUUAAUUUCAAAGUACAGGACCCAGCUUGAGUAGCAACGUAUGAAGCAGGAGAAGAGUGUUUAGAUAAUAGCAGGUGACACGAAUAGCCAUACUUGAAGUUGCUUCGGAGUGUUUCUGAGUGGAGUCAACUUUACUUGAAAGACUUUCUGACUUCAACUAACAUACGGGGGUGCAGAACUCUAACGUUAAUCUAGCAGUUUAUGGACACACAUUGGUAUUUUCAACAUUAGACACUAAAGAUUUAAAUGUGCUAUUUUCUGUCUUUUUUGUAUCGCUUCCCUUGUACUCUUUGAAAAAUUUGUAAUGCUUAAAAUAAUGAAUUAAGAAUUUCGUUGAAUACUGUAAGUAUCGUAAUGUACUGAAGAAUUGAAUGCAGUUUAUUUGAAAGUUAUUUGUUGAUUUGUUAUCAUUCCUGAUAUUGCUGAAUUGUGGGUGUUUUUAAUAAAUUUAUAUUUAUUUCAAGUA